UUCAGGAAAAUAUGUUUGGGCAAGUUAAACUCUCUGACACUGCGGAGGAUGAUUCCAACGUUUAUGUUUUUCAGAUUUCCACUAUGAGCCAGUUCUCUACUAUAGAUAUUGCCUUCAUAUCUGGGAUAGAUGAAAAAACUGCCGAUAUGGAGGAUCGUACAAACACUCUUACAGGUUCGCAACUCACUACUCUACUUGCAGAGAAACAUGUAGCAUUUGAUGAAAAAUUCAGGGAAUGCUUCAACCUUUCUGAAGAGGUUUGAUUCUACUCAUAAGUUUCUUAGCGCUAGCGUUAUAUAGUCAAUGAUUUAGUGUAAAUAUGCCAAUCUCUGUGAUCAUGUGAUUCUAGAUUGACGCUAAAACUUUGGACGUUGGUAAAGCUGCAAUUGGGAACAUGCUGGGAUGUUAGAGAUAAACAUGAAGUUAACUUAGGAUCUAAGUAACAUCUAUCCUAUUUUGAGUAAGGAUUAGAAUAAGUUAAUUCCUAAGAGUUUAGGAAAGUUAAUUCCUAAGAGUUUAGGAAAGUUAGUUCCUAAGAAUUUAGGAAAUAACAUCUCUAUAUAAGAUGCAAGAGUGUUGCAUAGAUAUGAAGAGUUUGAGAGAUUGUGUGAGAGCUUAAGUUUUGAGAAAGUUCUUAAGCUAAUAAAGAGAGUUCUUUAUAUUGUGUUCUUAUACAAUCCUUGAGAUUAUAUUUGGUAUCAGAGCCAGGUUCAAAAGUCGAUCAAGAGUUUGAUCAAGAAUCAUGGAUGACUUGGUAACGACGACAACCAAGAAGGAUGGAGGUUCAUCCAUAAAGUGUCCGAUGUUAACAACAACGAAUUACAUCGUAUGGGCGAUACGGUUGAAGAUGCUGCUUAGGGUUCAUAAAGUUUGGGAAGUGGUCGAGAGCGACUCAAUAGAAGGAGACAAGAAUGACUUGGCGACAGCUCUUCUCUUUCAAUCUAUUCCGGAGAGAUCCUACAAGUUGGAGCACUUGAUACCGCAAAGAAGGUUUGGGAUGCGAUCAAGACCCGACAUGUAGGAGCAGAUAAGGUUCGUGAAGCAAGACUACAGACCUUGAUGA